AUUAGCAAGGAGUGAAGUAUUUAGGAAUAUAUUCAUACACCCAGAUUGCACGGUAAUGCAGAGGGAACAGCACAAAAAACGCCUAUGGUACUUGAAGCAGAGGAGGGAGGAUUCUAUGAGAAACGGGGAUGGACAUACAUGGGUUAUGUACAAGGGAAUGGUAGUGGGAGCAAGAGCGCCAACACAGAAGCAGGGGACAGCGAGACACCUUCCACCCAGGAGGAGGACAUUAAAGGUGGCUGUUCUACAGCAAAUGCAGACUGGCCAUACUUUCAAAUACUUGAUCAAGUAGUUCCUCUCAUGAGAAAAGAAAAGAUUGAAAAAAUACCACACUCAAGUUUAGACCACAGAGAUCUUGAUGCACCUCACGACAGUUUACCCAGCCCUCUAACCACUCCUAUUGUUCCUGAACAAGAUCCUUUGUCAGAGGCCUCUGAUCCCUUAUCAGUGACCUCUGUAAAUACUGUUAUGGUGUCAGCCCAGUCAUCCACUGUAGGAGAUGGUAAAUGCAAGAUUGAAGCUGUCGAUGGUGAGCCACCUCGGAAAAGGGGAAGAGGUCGACGUGCAGCUCAACGUGCCAGAGAUAGAUGGUGGGGUGCUGUAGAAGAUGAUGACAUGGGCUCAGAUUCAACAGGGAUAGCUGUGAGAGGAGAACUUACAACUCAGCAAGGAACACCAAAAUCCUCCACAGUUGAUAACUUGGAUCCUUCUCAAAUGGAAGUCCAAACAUUUCACAUGCUAGAAUCAUGUUCUUCAGCACUGGCAGAAAUCCGUGAGACACUUAGAUUACACACUGAGCGACAAGAGACCUUGAUGCAGGUCAGUUUUCUUGAUUCAGGGAAGUUUGGGAAUUUUCUGAAAGAAUCAGAGUUGUUUAGAAUGUAUUUUUACUUGAAUGACAUAAUGACAUUAGAUCUCUCUUAUUAUUCACCUCCUCUAAGAAGUAUCUGUAUCCAUUGAUCCAUCCCCACACACAAAU